GUCACGAACUGGCAGAGAUAAGAGAACGAUCUCUGAAGACUAUUCUGCUUAAGUUAGAUCAUAACUUGAUUUCGUAUGCCGAUCUGGUCCAUGAAAAACUGCUUUUCCUUAAUCUUUUGGAGUGGUUCAAUUUUCCAGUCGUACCAAUGAAAGAGGAAGUACUAAAUUUUGUGAACAAUUUGAUCAAGCAUCCACCUGCUGCCCAGAAACUGAUUGGAAUCGGUGCAGUGGAAUUCUUAUCUCAGCUUCGUCCCAAUGUGGAUCCAAACUUGCAGGCUGUAAUUGAUGGGAUAGUGGAUGGACUGUUUUUCCUCCCUUCUGGACUUUGUUCUAGUUCUUUAUCAGUACGUUAUCAAACGCGGUCUCAGCCUUCAGUAGAUCAACCAGAGGAAUUAUUCACUGGAUAUUUUUGUCAAGGUAGAAAGCAUCUGCCGCAGGUAGAAAUACCUCCCAAAAGAACAGUUGGUAUGUGUAUGAAAUGCUUGAAAUUUUCCACAUUUCCUUGGCUAACUCUGACUUCAACAGAUAGACAUGUUCUUUCAUCAAAUGAAAGCUCUUUGAGAAGUAACAACCAAAGUUUAGUUUGGAGUACGUGUGAGCUUCUUCAGGAUGUGAUUAUGCAAGAUUUUCCUGCACAAAGAUUGUGCAUUAAUGUUCAGCUACCAAUGUUGAUGGUUUUGUAUUUUCAGAGCCUUUUGUCUCUGCUAAACCUUGCUUUUGGAGGAGAUGGAAGACAUCGGUUAGCUUUGCAGGCUGUGUCAUGCCUGCAACAGUUGUGCAUCUUCUUGAGAAGCAGACUUAACUUUCACAGAGAUCCAAGCUUUUCUUCCACAGAGCAAGGCACAGCUUCCCAGAAUUCAUCUAUAUCUUACUGUCAAGAAGCAAGAGGUCCUCCUCGUUCUCAGAAUCCAUCACCUGGAAGUAGUAGCCCUCGGCCAUCUGUGAUUGGACGAACAGUUCAGCGUCCUAGAGGAGAUGGACAAGAUUGGGAUGCAGCAUCUUCCAGUGGAAACAGUACUCAAGCAAAUGCAAACUCCAGAAUCUCUCUGCAUUCCCCACUUGACGCAGGACAUAUUGACCUACCAGAUACUGAAGAUGAGGACACUUUGGAAUUACAGAUGAAGCAGCUUAGCCUUCCUCAGUUCUGUGUUUCUGUCUUGGAAAAUGCAAUACCUCUUCUAAGAACAGGCAGUAGGAGAGUGACAAUGGAAGUGCUUGAAUUGCUUCUUGAAGAUAUGUUUCUUAUUGGUGAUUCUAUUUCUGAAAAUGUUUGGGAAGAUGAUAGCCUUUUUGCAUUGGAACUGAAAGACAAAUUGCUUCUGGUCUUGGGUUUGCUUGGAGAAACUAUAUUAUAUCACAAAACCAAUGUAAGUGCAGAGCAGCCUGAGGUGAUGUUGGUGCAUCACAGAACGGCAUUUAUUAGCAUUUCACUCUUCACUGUUAGAUUGCUGCAAAUACUUCUCCCUGUAGAAAAGGCAAGUAAAGUUUUACAAAAGAGUUUGCUGAAUGCUUUAUUUCUUCUCUCUCUGGACGUGUCCUUCUCCUUGGAACACCCAAGUAUUCAUGAAUCCAUUGCAGCGUAUCUGGAGCAGAUGAGUACUGAGAACUAUAGUAUUUAUAAAAAAGCUUCAGAAGCUGCAUAUUCAAUCGAAUGCACUUGUAGCUUUAUGAUUGAAGUUCAUAAGAAGGGGGACAAGAAUCUUUCUGAAUUAGUAGAAUUGGCAGGUCAGGCCUUGAGUAGCCUACCCUACCAUCAACACUUUCCCUUGCUUCAGGAAUGCAUUCAUAUAUGCUCAGAUAUUUGGAAGUCUGAUGAGGCUAACUCAUUGCUCCAGGCUGACGGUCAGAAGGUGCUUCUCCGUCUACUGUCUCAUCCUUUGCUGAAUAUAAAAACUGAAGCCUAUCACUGCUGUUUGGCAGUGGUUAAGGACUGUUUAGGUAUUCAUAAUAUUGCUAAGCCUGUGUCUUCAGUCUGCCACGGAGUACAUUUUCUUCUUCAUCCAAAAGUUUUAUAUGAAAUCUGUACGUUUGGCCUUCAGGAAGAUAAGAAUGAGGUGAACUCUACAGCCAAGGCCAUUCUGAUGCAUCUAUUCCAGGGACGAUUAGUAAUGGCAGUAUUGACUUGGGACAAGUUUAUUGAGGCCCUUUAUCCCGUCAUGCCUAUUUUACAGGGUUAUGCUGACACAAAAGAUACGCUAGGUAACUGUAUCCUCACUUUGAGUGAAACAACCUCUGACAAAGGAGAGGGUAUUCUCCCUAGGACUACUAGACUACGGGCUGCUCUGCGUCUUCUCUUCGCAAAAAAGCAGUUGGUUCGUUCUAUAGCACUUAAACAUUUAACAUUCCAUCUUUUGAAUGAAGAAGGGGCAAACCUGAAACGCCCACAUCUGCAUGGUAGUGUGCUUUCCAGCUUUUCAAACUUAUUUAUAAUGGAAAGAGCUAUUGAGCUAAAAUUGGAUGAUAAAACAGAGUCGAUACUUAAGGCAGAAGCUGUUGAAAAGCUGUAUGACAUCUUGACUUCUGAUGCUGUUGACCUAGUUUUACGCAAGUCUGCAGCCGAGCAGCUAGCUAUCAUUUUAGAAGAUGCCAAAAUGCAUGGCAUUGUGAAAAAGUUGGGUGCGAUAGAAAAGAUUUUGGUUUACCUUAAUGAAUGUGUACAUGUGGAUGGCAAGGUAAAACUGUUGUUACAAGUUCUUCUGCAAGCAUUGCACAGCAUGACG